AUGCCAGCGUUCUGUCCAGCAAUUUUCUUUCCAGAUUUUGUUCGUCCGGACAGAUGGUCAAUUGAGAAGGUUCUAAAGAACAUGAGGUCGUUUCCUGAAAUGCUCGCUCGAUCCGGGGCGACGCCAUUUAUGCAUGUCCGGCUGUACGAGUCAGACAUGCCCACUGCCAUCCAAGAUGCGUUUGCAGUCUCUGCAGUCUAUCUUUCAAGAACAGCAGAGACAAAAGACUUGUCACUGCGUGUUUUGGAAGCCAAAUCAAAGUCUCUGAUCCAACAACUCCGACAAACCUCGUCGCUCAGAGAACUUCUCGCAUCGGUGCAAGCAUUGCUCAUUUUCCAAAUCAUCCAGCUGUUCCAGGGCGACACUCGCGUACGUGCCCUGGCCGAGCAGAACAUGGAACUUCUACGCGAGUGGACCACACGCUUGCAGAUGCAGGGCGAAGAUCUCAGGGAUCCGGUUACAUGGCAGGAUUGGAUCUUUGCUGAGAGUAUUCGUCGAACAGUGGUCAUUUCAAUUCUUCUUGAUAGUCUCUACUGGACACUCCAAUUUGGUUAUUGCACUCAGGCUAAAGUUUUGAGUAUGCUGCCAGUAACUCCGGUGUCUGAGUUGUGGGAGUGUUCCUCGCGUACAGGGUGGUCGGGGACUGUUCCGCAAAGGACAAAUGCAGUUCUGUAUGGAGAUUUCGCAAUGGCGUGGAAGGAGGGUCGAGUAAAUCAGGAGCUGGAUGACUUUCAAAGAUUUUUGCUGGCUCCAUGUGUGGGAGAAAAGUACCGAGACAUCUUGGAAGCUUGA